AUGCACACCGCAGCAGAGGCUGGGGACAUGGAGCGCUGCCGGGCCUUGGUGGAGGAGGGGGCGGCAGUCAAUGACGCCGACGUGUUCAAGCGGACGCCGCUGAUCAACGCAGUGGUGAACGGACACGCCCGCAGCCCAGCACGCCCGGUGCGCCCGGGCAUGCGAGCAAGAGCGGACCUUGCUGCUGCUGACCGCUCUGGCUGGACUGCGUGCAGCUGGCUGCAACGGGGGCAGCGGGGUGUAAAAGCGCUGACCAGGUUCCGAGUGCAUGUUGCUCGCCGCGCCCUGGCCAUGAAUGGGUUGAUCGAGGCUUCACUGGGCCGCCACGCCACGGGAGGCUGGCCUGUUGGCCUGGCCAAUGCUGGGCUGGGCUGCGUGUUCGAAAUUUCGCCGGAGGUCGCGGAGCAUGUGCUGAAGGGCCAGGGCGACCCGGGAAUGUCGGGCAGGCUUCGCGGCCGUGCUGGAGCUGCUGUGAGCCCUAUGGAGCGCCAUGGAGCGCCAAAGGCAGAGGGCGGGAGCUGGCGGUGGCACGAUGAGCGAGGCCGUUCAAAGAUGUUCAAACUUCGAGUCUCUAUGUCCAUGGGUGUGGAUGCCCAGCUGGACUACGUCAACCGAGUUUUGCACAGCUCGGAGUGGUCGCAGCGGCGAAAGGCCUGUGAGGUGGCGGCCGCCAUAGGCGGCUCCAUUGGGCGCCCCGCGCAGGAAGCCCUGUCCCGGACUCUGAUCAACGUGACCUUGAAUGAUGGAGACGCGGAAGUCCGACACGCUGCAGUGUGUGCCUUGGCGACGUUCGACCCAGAGGUGCGAGUGGCCACAGCCAGCGAACUGUGCACGGAGGGGCUUCGUUACGAGCUGGAGUCGCUUCACAGCAGCCGCCGCAACGUGAAGAGCGCCGCGUGCAACGCCAUGGGGGUGCUUGGGCCAGAGUGCGGGAUGCCUUAUCUCCAAGACCUGCAGGAUUGUUUGAGGGACAAGUCCAGCCUCGUGAAGAAGACGGCCCUGGCUGCACUGGGUGCCUGGGGCCUGCCCGUGGCGGCGCACGAGAAUGCGCGCAUUGUCGUCCAAGAGCUGGGGCGAGCCGUGAUUGGCGACCGCGACCCUGGCGUACGUGCUGCCGCCUGCGAUGCGCUUGGCAGAAUACUUGAAGGGGCGCCGCCGCUGUUCAAGCCGCCUGAGGCCGAGCCCGAGGUCGUGGACGAAGACUCGGAUGAGGAACCUGUGGGACGUACCCGGACAAGAACCGAGAGCGACGAGGAAUUGGAGCCGACUGCUGUUGCGGUGCGCUACAUGGUGCGCAUUCUUCACGAUGAUGACUAUGCCAGCGUCCGCCGUGCAGCUGCGGCAGCCCUGGGGUCCAUCGGUGGGGAUGUGUGCGCGGCGCAGGCGGAGUGCCUCCUGGUGGCAGCCCUGCAGGACAAGGACAAGGAGGUGAGGCUACGAGCAGCGGAGUCGCUGGCCAAGCUGGGUGCGCCCAGUUGGAAUUGGGAUGCCAGACGCCGGCACUCUGCGGCCUGUUCUGCCAGCAAAUUGCAGAAGCUCUGGCAAUGGCUCUGGAAGGCACCCGUGUUCUUGGAGUAUCUUGGCGUGUGGCUGGCGGCGCUGGCCGGCGAGGUGCAGCGCCUCCAGCGCCAGGUCCACCAGCUCACGGAGAACUCGGAGGCCUUGCAGAAGCUUGUGUCCGAUGUGAGCGAAGGACUGGCGUCCAAUGGGAGUGGACCGGUACCAAGACAUGCUGCCCUCAAAGCAGAGGCGAUGCACGCUUUGCCGUCGGACGGCUCGGGCAAGAGUGCAGAUUUGAAGGAGGAAUCUUGGGCUGCCAGGAGCUUGCGACAGAGCUCCCACAUGCACCAGGGCCCCCAGAUAGAGGGCCAUGCAGAGCCAGGGCGGUCGACUGCGUCAAAGUUCUGGCACACCCGGAUCGAUGAAGACGACGUUUCUCCAGGAGGCGUCGACGAGGCAGACAUCCGGAAGGUCAGGGAGGACCUGCUGCGGGUGCAGUUCGGCCGGCUGGAUGCCACAAAAAAGGGCUACCUCAGCCCGGCGGACCUGGCGGACCUGGCUGCGCGCUUCGGUGAGCCGCUGGCCUUGGACCAGGCGGAGCUCCUGUGCCGCCUGAGCCCCGUGAAGUCCAAGAAGUCCAAGGAGAUGGGUUUGCGCUUCGAGGCAUUCUACAUGCUGAUGUCCCCAGAUGACGAGAGCCAAUGGGAGGACGAGGUCUUGGAGGCGGCGGCGGCGGCGAAGCGCGCGGUGCGCGCCGAGGCCAAGGGCCGCCUCAGGGCGGAGCAGGAGCGGAAGCAUUUGGCACACCAGCAGAGGAUACACGGUCUUUUCGCGAUGGUCUUCGACUUGGUGACAGUAGCCGUGAUCAUCUCCAACGCGCUGGUUAUGGGCGUGAGCGCGGACAUCCUGCCCGAAAGCAAUGCCUGGGAUGUCACUGAAGUCGACACCCGGAGCUGA